GGAGGAAUCUGAAAACGCCGGCUUUUCGUUUUCGUGAAGACGGAAAACGUUUUGAAAACGGAGCUUUUUGGAAACGAUCGCAUUAAGAUAAUCGUGCGAUCUCCCUGCCCGAGUUUUCCUCAAACACAAAUCCAAAAUGACCGAUGAUUGUUGCUGUUUUAAAUUCCUGCGACGAAGUGUGGACGGAAAACAUCUGAUGCAUUUUCAGAGUGAAACCUCCGUUUUCAAAUUCCUCCGGCAUAGUGUGGACGGGGCCUAAGAGCUUACAAAAAGCUUACAAUAAACCUGAAGUCCUUAACGGCACUGUUGUGAAAGCAGUUGUCAUUGUUAGUCUUGCUGGAAUGCUACCUCGAGAUUGUUGAAGAUAACAGCAUCAAAAACUGGUCGGCAUAAUAUUUUCCACUGCGACCAGAUCUUGCUAGUUCAAUAGAGUUUCUAUUUUCAUCAUGAAGGGGGUAACCUCUUUCACUUUCGUGACGUGAAAAUUUGAAAAAAAAUAAUUCACCACACUGAAAAAAAUAGACUUCUACUUAACACCAAACUGUUUUUUCCAUCGUAUAAUGUUUUAAAACGCAAUUUAACGAAAGUAAUUUGUAGGCCAUUUAUCUUAUCAGUCCCAGGUAUAUUACAAAAUUUGCACCGCCCUCGGUCCAAACAGAAUGUUUCUUUUCAUCGUUUGCUAUUGACAGAAGUGUUUUUCUCCUUGCGUAGAUCAAGUCAAAUUUGGGACCCAAACAGGAAAUAACAUUUUCCUCCUUUUUGCAGCUGCUUGUUGCACUUAAGUUCUUUUCGCACAAGGAAUCAAAAAGGAAUGUUUCCAAGGUAUCAACCAAACAAACUUUGUAAAAAUUCAAGUUUGCUUGCUGAUUGAAAAAGACAAAAACUGAACCAGAAGAUGGUGCCGGGGAAAGAUAUCAAAUAGAGAACGACAACGAAAAUUUUUUUUUUCAACAGUGACCUCAUCAUAGAAAGAAAAAAAGACGAAUACAAUCUUCUGACGGUUAUUUCCGAUUACUUGUGAGCUUUUGUGGCUUUGCUCUUUUGUUAAGACAGUAAAUUAUAAUUGCAGUCUCGAAAGAAUAUCACCAGUGUAUGCAAUGAUGCUUUGUUGAAAAAAAGUUCUUUUUUCAUUCCUGGGACAUGAGCUGAAAAAUCUUAGGUUUCUCCGAAUUUCAACGUGUUCAUCGGGCCGAAACAAGAAAGACUAGCUAGUGCAGCCGAAAAAUUGGGACUGUCAUGACGAAAGCAGCAUAUUCCUCACAAAGCACCUCAACAAAAAAACGGAACUAAAGAGCUUAUAACAAGUCCUUAUUCAAAUGAUGGCGUUUUAUUCGCGGAGAAAAUGCUUUCUUAAAGAACUACUGGCAGCAAAGUAGAACUGACCGAUCUCUUCGUUGGACAGAGGGUGGUUUGUUUCCAGUGCGUGUCUUAAAUCAGUCAGGUACGUGAGCUCUUCCUAGCUGCAGUCUAUUCAUUCCAGCAGAAACUUGUGGCACUAAAGGGUUAUUCCUUUUUUUUGGAACAAAAGAAACAAGAACAGCAGAAUCGCUAGCUCUGGGAUGCUAAGGAGCGGAUGUUGCCUCGCUUCAGUCGUUUCAAGGUUUUAAACACCUAAAUUGGUGGAGUUUUCGUCCGUCUUGUCAAGAAAUAAUCAAUAUUACAAGGAAAGUGAUGUCGAAGAGCGCAUAAGGAAGGAUUUUUCAUGGGGUACAGCAACCGACAUGAUAUCUCUUUGAAAAACUGAUUGCAUCACUAAGCGACAAGGACCGUGUUAUCAUCCGUGGCUGUUUUUUUCUCUCGGUUCCGUUUAGUUCUACAGACAUGGUUUGCGUCAGGACACUAUUGCAUAGUUUACCGUGCGAUUAGUGAGUUUAUUUCAUUGUUAACCGUGCUUUAAAAACUUGUAUCACCAAAGAUGUCGGUCGAUAUUGGGCUUAUUACGGGUAUCGUUGUGAUCGGAAUAAUUUUAAUCGGAGUGAUUGGAAACGUGCUGACUUUGGUCGUGAUAAUCUCUUACCAUCCGUUACGUGAUGUGACAGGGAUGUUCCUGGCGAAUCUCGCAGUGGCAGAUCUUCUUCAGUCCACAUUUGGCAUGCCUCUGAUAGCUGUGUCAGCUUUCCGCCGUCAGUGGAUUUUUGGAGAGACUUUGUGUACAAUAAGCGGACUAACUAACUCUCUCUUCUGUAUCGCAUCGGUGCUGACGCUCACGGCAAUAUCGGUUGAUCGAUGGCUGACGAUCGUUUUUCCACUGAAGUACCGAGCUUGGUUGACAGUCGUACGAGUGAGGAUUGUGUUGGCCUAUAUCUGGCUGCAAGCUUUAACUAUAGCUUUUCUUCCUGUACUUGGCUGGUCAAGGUUUAUACAUGUUGCAUUUUAAGUUUCUCUC